GCUCGGAGACCCUGAGCCCGGCGCUAGAAACCCUCCGCUCUCGCGAGUUCAGCGGCCUCCCGGCCCUUUUCUCUCCAAGUCGUGUUUCCGGGCGGAUCGGAUACAGGAGAACGUGUUAGAGAGUUUAGGGUUCCGAGACUUGGGAGAGGGCGAGCGUGAGCACCAUGGCCGGGCAGCACCUCCAGGUACCCCGGCUGGAGGGUGUUUCGCAGGAGCACUUCAUGCAGCACCUCUACCCUCAGAGAAAACCUCUGGUAUUGGAAGGAAUGGAUUUGGGGACAUGCACAAGCAAAUGGACAGUGGAUUACCUGACUCAGGUCGGAGGGGGGAGAGAAGUGAAGAUUCACGUUGCUGCCGUUGCCCAGAUGGACUUCAUUAGUAAGAACUUUGUGUAUAGAACUUUACCUUUUGACAAGUUGGUUCAAAGGGCAGCUGAAGAAAAGCAUAAAGAAUUCUUUAUUUCUGAGGAUGAGAAGUACUAUUUACGGUCACUUGGGGAAGACCCUAGAAAGGAUGUUGCAGAUAUCAGAAAGCAGUUUCCUUUAUUGGAAGGAGAUAUUAAGUUUCCAAAAUUCUUCAAAGAGGAACAGUUCUUUUCCAGUGUUUUUCGAAUUAGCUCCCCAGGAUUACAACUUUGGACCCACUAUGAUGUAAUGGAUAACUUCUUAAUACAAGUGAAAGGAAAAAAGCGUGUUGUACUGUUCAGUCCUCGAGAUGCCCAGUAUUUGUAUUUAUCAGGUACUAAAUCAGAAGUGCUGAAUAUAGAUAACCCAGACUUAGCGAAAUAUCCACUGUUUUCAAAGGCUAGAAGGUAUGAGUGUUCCCUUAAAGCUGGAGAUGUAUUAUUCAUUCCUGCUUUAUGGUUCCAUAACAUAAUUUCUGAAGAGUUUGGUGUGGGAGUGAAUGUCUUUUGGAAGCACCUUCCAUCUGAAUACUAUGAUAAAACAGAUACCUACGGAAACAAAGAUCCUACUGCAGCAUCAAGAGCUGCACAAAUUUUGGACAGAGCCUUGAAAACACUGGCUGAAUUACCAGAGGAAUACAGGGACUUCUAUGCACGGCGAAUGGUCUUACACAUUCAAGACAAAGCCUACAGCAAAAACUUUGAGUAAAUAACGAAGUGAAUGUAAUCUCAAAUAUUAGGGGAAAAAAGAUAAUUCUUUGUUAAAAGAGGAAAAUCAAUUUCUUAUUUACAGUUUAAGUACAAAGGGGUGUUCCCGUGGUAUGUACUUAAUACAGAUCAUUGUGGCUCAAAAGAUGCUAUACUGGGACCACUCUUCAGCUUUCAAAUGCAAAAAAACUAAAAAUUUAACUUAAAAUGACAAGAGAAGGUAUUGAAUUGUAAUACAUGAAAUCUACU